AUGGGCGGAUGCUUCUCGCAGGAGGAGCACCGGCUCCAGAGCAGGCCAGCUGCUGGUGCUGGACCAGACGGACUGCGGAAGUCUAAAUCUGAUUCUAAAGCUAUAGCAAGUGUUCUUGCUCCUCCAAAAGAUGUGGUGGACCUUCAAGUAGAAGGAUAUGGAAAUGUGAAUAUUUUCACAUAUGAUGAAUUGAGAGCAGCCACAAAAAACUUCCGACCAGAUCAAAUUCUUGGAGAGGGUGGGUUUGGAGUUGUUUACAAAGGUGUAAUUGAUGAAAAUGUUAGAGCAGGUUUCCCAUCCAGACAGGUUGCUGUGAAAGAACUAAACCCAGAGGGCUUUCAAGGGGACAAGGAGUGGCUGGCAGAAGUCAACUAUCUUGGGCAACUUAGUCAUCCAAAUCUUGUUGAACUGAUUGGCUAUUGCUGUGAGGGUUCACAUAGACUGCUUGUCUAUGAGUACAUGGCUUGUGGAAGCCUCGAAAAGCACCUUUUUCGCCGGGUUUGCCUUAAUAUGCCAUGGUCAACACGCAUGAAGAUUGCAUUGGGUGCUGCAAGGGGGCUCGAGUACCUUCACGGAGCUGAGAGAUCCAUCAUUUAUCGAGAUUUCAAGACAUCAAACAUCUUGCUAGAUGCGGAUUACAAUGCUAAGCUUUCAGACUUCGGUCUCGCAAGAACAGGUCCUAGUGGAGACCAAACCCAUGUGUCAACUCGGGUCAUGGGAACUUUUGGAUAUGCAGCUCCAGAAUAUGUCAUGACUGGCCAUCUGACAGCACGAAGUGAUGUUUAUGGCUUUGGAGUUGUGCUUCUAGAGAUGAUUAUUGGAAGAAGGGCUGUGGACAAGAGCCGGCCAAGCCGCGAGCAUAACCUAGUUGAUUGGGCACGGCCCCUCCUCGUCCAUAACAGGAAGCUGUUCCGAAUAAUCGAUCCAAGAAUGGAAGGGCAAUACUCCACCAAGGCUGCCAUUGAGGUGGCAAGCCUUGCAUACCGCUGCCUGAGCCAGAACCCCAAAGGACGACCAACCAUGAGCCAAGUUGUUGAGACCUUUGAGGCGGUGCAGAACAUGCCUGAAUGCCAAGACAUACUCCUCCAGAACUGUAUCACAGGUGCCGUGACGCUCUAUGAGGUCCCAAAGGAGUCUGUGGACAGAGUUGAGUUGGAGAAGGCCAAGCAGGAACCGGCAGUAAAGACUGCCGCAAUGCCGCCCGUGAAUGGAAAGCCAGUCCCCCAGAGCAGGCGAACACGGCCUGGGAAUGGCCGGAGCAAGAGCGAGCCAUCGUUGGAGUGUAAGAUGUACAUCCCGUCACCAGACUCUGACAGACAGCAGCUCGGCCUGGAGGCACUCGCAUCCCCAAAUGGAAGCAUAAAGGACCCUCCUGAUGAGGAUUUGUACAAGAUAUAA